CACUGACUUGAGGUUUGUCAGAAAGACGCGAGAGCAAUCAUAUCAACAUCAACAACCGACGCACGUGUGUGUAUCGUACUGUGGUAGCCAACGAACCGUGAUUAGUGGAAAAGUAGCUUUUGUUUUAAACGUAGAGAACGAAUAUUCCUUUCAGCCGCGUAGUACUGGAAAUAAGGCACAAAGGAUGUCGAAUGUGGACGAUUUGUUUAGCGUGUUCGACGAGGAGAACGAUGACGACGAUGGACCCGUGCCGGUGGUUUCGCUAGAUUCAGCGACGACGGCGUCAGUAAAUAAAUCCAAUAACGAUGAUCCCAUCGAAGAAGGUGAGCCAGCAGCAGGGCGUAACAAGCGCGAGCUGGAAGUGGUCGAAGUGUUGAGCGACGAGGAACAUGUUUCGAAAAAAGCAAAGGUGGAAUCGAUACUGGACGAUAUUAACCUGGACAACAUUGAAAGUCGCAUCAAGGUACACACGAUACAGUCACCGGAAGCGUGUACGCAUGAGGUGGCUGUGUAUCCGGAUCAGAAAUACAUGCCACUGGCACCGGCCACGGGCAAACCGGCGAAAGAGUACGCAUUCGUGCUGGAUCCGUUCCAGAAGGAGGCAAUUCUGUGCAUUGAGAACAAUCAGUCCGUGCUCGUGUCCGCCCAUACGUCCGCCGGAAAGACGGUGGUGGCCGAAUAUGCCAUUGCGAAAUCACUCGCAGACAAGCAGCGCGUUAUUUACACCACUCCAAUUAAGGCACUGUCCAACCAAAAGUAUCGUGAAUUUCACGAAGAGUUUAAUGACGUCGGUCUGGUGACGGGCGAUGUGACGAUUAAUCCGAGUGCCUCAUGUUUAAUUAUGACCACGGAAAUUUUACGGAACAUGCUGUACCGUGGAUCGGAGAUAAUGCGCGAGGUUGGUUGGGUUAUAUUCGAUGAGAUUCAUUACAUGCGCGACAAAGAGCGUGGUGUGGUGUGGGAGGAAACGCUGAUUCUGUUACCGGACAAUGUGCACUACGUGUUCCUGUCGGCUACGAUACCUAAUGCGCGCCAGUUCGCUGAAUGGGUGUGCCAUCUGCACAAACAACCCUGCCAUGUGGUCUAUACCGAUUAUCGACCGACUCCCUUGCAGCACUACCUGUUUCCUGCCGGUGGCGACGGAAUUCAUCUGGUGGUGGACGAACGGGGUCAGUUCAAGGAGGACAACUUCAACACGGCAAUGAACGUACUGCAGACGGCCGGAGAGGCUGCAAAAGGCGAUCAAAAGAGUAAAAAAGGUGGUCUGAAAGCGUCCAAUGCAGGUGAAACGAACAUCUUCAAGAUCGUGAAGAUGAUAAUGGAGCGGAACUUUGCACCGGUCAUCAUAUUCUCCUUCAGCAAGAAGGACUGCGAGGUGUAUGCGAUGCAGAUGGCCAAGCUAGACUUUAACUCGACCAUGGAGAAGAAGCUCGUCGAUGAAGUGUUCAACAACGCGAUGGAUGUGCUGACGGAGGAGGACCGUCAGUUACCGCAGGUGGAGAACGUGUUGCCGUUGUUGCGUCGUGGCAUCGGCAUACAUCACGGUGGACUGCUACCAAUUCUGAAGGAAACGAUCGAAAUCCUGUUUGGUGAGGGAUUGAUUAAGGCCUUGUUUGCAACGGAAACGUUUGCAAUGGGUUUGAACAUGCCUGCCCGCACGGUUCUGUUUACCGGGCCGCGCAAGUUCGAUGGCAAAGACUUCCGGUGGGUAACGUCCGGUGAGUACAUUCAAAUGUCUGGACGUGCCGGUCGGCGAGGUUUGGACGACAAGGGUAUCGUUAUUCUCAUGAUCGAUGAAGCCGUCUCACCGACUGUAGGGAAGGAAAUCGUACAGGGCAAACCGGAUCCGAUCAAUUCCGCAUUCCAUCUGACGUACAAUAUGGUACUGAAUUUGCUGCGCGUGGAGGAGAUCAAUCCGGAGUACAUGCUGGAACGAUCGUUCUUCCAGUUUCAGAAUCAAUCGUCCAUACCGGAGAUUUACAAGCGAGUGCAAAAGAAACAGAAGCAUCUGCAGGGCGUGGAGAUCAAGGAUGAGCAAUCGAUCGUCUCUUACCAUCACAUUCGUGAGCAGCUCGAUCGUUUGGGACAAGAGUUCCGCGAGUACAUUACACGGCCGAUGUAUAUGGUACCGUUCCUGCAGCCGGGUCGUAUGAUAAAGAUCCAAUCGGAUGCGGGCGAGUUUGAGUGGGGCAUCAUAGUGAACUUCAAGAAGGAAAAUGCCGACUCCAAGCAUAAUCCGCUCAAGACGGAGCAGAAGGUUAUCAUCGACGUGUUGCUUCACGUUGCCGAAGGGUUCGAAAAGGAGGGCUUCCCCAAACCAUGCCCACCGGGCAAACGUGGCUCGGUCGAGGUAGUUCCCGUGCUGCAUAAGCUUGUGUCACGCAUCAGUUCGCUGCGUGUCUACUAUCCAAACGAUCUACGCCCAGCGGAUAACCGGCGAUCGGUGCUGAAAACGAUCGAGGAAGUUAAGAAGCGCUUUCCGCAGGGUCCACCAUUGCUGAAUCCGAUAACCGAUAUGCACAUCCAGGAGAAGCCAUUUCAGAGCAUUGUGGAGAUGAUUGAUAAGUUCGAGAAGCGUCUGUUCGCUCACCCGCUGCAUGAAUCGUCCGGUCUCGAGCGUCUGUACGCGCAGUACAUGAAUAAGCUAGAGCUGGAGAAGGAGCUGCGCAACGAGAAGAAUGCACUGCGCGAAGCACGCAGUCUGUUGCAGAUGAGCGAACUGAAGCACCGGAAACGCGUGCUGCGCCGAAUGGGUUACUGUACCGCGGCCGAUGUGAUCGAGUUUAAGGGGCGGGUAGCGUGCGAGCUGAGCUGUGCCGAUGAGCUGCUCAUCACGGAGAUGGUGUUUCACGGAACGUUUACCGAUCUAACGCCGGCCCAAUCGUGCGCCUUGCUGAGCUGUUUCGUGUGCGAUGAAAAGAGUAGUGAAACGCCAGCUGCCACAGAGGAACUAUCCGGACCGUUGCGCCAGAUGCAGGAUAUAGCGCGACGCAUAGCAAAGGUAUCGAACGAGUGUAAGGUGGACGUGGACGAGGAGCGAUACGUGGAGUCGUUCAAACCGUUCCUAAUGGAUGUGGUGCUGUGCUGGUGUAAGGGCGCUUCGUUUGCGCAGCUUUGCAAGAUGACGGACAUCUUCGAGGGUUCCAUCAUUCGGUGCAUGCGGCGGCUGGAGGAACUGCUGCGCCAGAUGGUACAGGCGUCGAAAACGAUCGGAAACACGGAUCUGGAAAAUAAGUUCUCUGAAGCAAUUCGGUUACUGAAGCGUGAUAUUGUGUUCGCGGCUUCGCUAUACCUGUAGGACAAUGAGACAAUGAGACGGCAAAGAUUUAUGUACGAAAAUACAAAGAAUGGUAAAAUAAAGAAUAAAUGAAAUAAAAUCGUACGAAAUUUUGUGGUUUUAAAUUUUGGGAAA